AUGGAUUCUGUUGUCCUCAGCUUCCAUGGAGUGCCAGGCGUUUAUCCUCGACUCGAACGUCUGGAAGGCCCGCCACCGCUGCGCGUUCGUCCGCCACCUCCAUGGGCUGCCAGGUCCCGAUCCGCAACCCGCAUGAAGUCAGAAGGCCCGCAGGCCAGCCGGAGCACCAGAACCGAUACUCGGCCUGAACAGGCUUUCGUUCGCAAGACCUACGAGGCCAAACACUUCACGGCAGUUAAUCCCAACCAUGUUUUCGGUCUCGAGCUGUUGCGCCUGUCUCCCGUCGUGCUCGUCAGCCAUGACUCCAAGUAUACACGUGCACGCACACAUGCACACACACACACACACACACACACCACGCACAGCAACGAAUUAAGACCAAGCAGCUACUAUGUACCUGCACCGGCCGGGAGCACGCCGAGCGUAAACCAUGGCACCCUGCAUUGGCUGCGGGUUUCCGCGAGUCGGCCGCGGAAGAGGCAGGCGCUCCAUAUCGUAAAAGAGUUGCUCGCCUGGCUGCAUACGAUCGAGCUGCUGCGCCAGGCUUCUGCACCAGGUUCGAAUGCCGUCAAGCAGAGGAGCUGGAGAAAGAAAGGCAGAAAGAAGAAGCACGCGCCAAGAGGGCUGCCGCCAAAGCCGGCCACCGUGGGCCAUUACCGCGUGCCGGAGGACGGCCCGAAGAAGAGAACAGCUGCAGAGCACAGCGAGCAGAACUGCAGUGGCAGCGAGCCGGAGUGGGAGGCGGCACGCGAGGACCUCUGCCAGGAGAAGGUGCUGGAAGACCACCCGAAGAGGAGAACAGCUGCAGAGCGCAGCGAGCAAAACUGCAGUGGCAGCGCGCCGAAGUGGGAGGCGGCACCCGAGGACCUCUGCCAGGAGAAGGUGCUGGAGGACGACCCGAAGAAGAGAACAACCGCAGAGCACAGCGAGCAGAACUGCAGCGGCAGCGCGCCGAAGUGGGAGGCGGCACCAGAGGACAUCUGCCAGGAGAAGGUGUCGGAGGACGACCCGAAGAAGAGAACAGCUGUAGAGCACAACGAGCAGAACUGCAGUGGCAGCGUGCCGAAUCGGGAGACGGCACUCGAGGACCUCUGCGAGGUGAAGGUGCUGGAGGACGGCCCGAACACAGAGGCGGGCACGGACCACCGUACCCCAACGAAGACAAACUGGCAGAGACCGACGCACAGAAGAUGUACGAAGAUUUCGUGGGAGGUUGGACGCGUUUCGGGUUGUCUCGAGUGUGCCAGUCGUGCAGAACCUUAA